AUCCUUUCUUUAUACAUAUUUUAUUAAGGGUCAUUGUCAUACUGACUACGACAGUCGAAGGUUUUUCUCUCUGGAGUUCUAUAGAAGUCGAAAAAGCAAUUACUUAACUAAAAAAGAAAACUUUUUAAAUUAUAUCAAUCGAUUCGAAAAUUAUUAAUAACUUUAAUUUAUUUACGUUAAAAUUUUUUCGUUGAACGAUUUUUAUAUUUUGUAAUAAAAAAUAAAUAAAAAUGGAUGGCUUCAAUAGCAGAGAAUUCUAUGGACAUGGUUUGUCCGAAGAUCCGAAACUAAGGACAACAACUAGAAAUUAUGAAUUUAAGUACAAUUCUCCUGAACACUUGGAAAAGAUCAUCACCCGCGUGAGGACGGAUCGUGAAAAGAAGCAAAUGAACCUGUUGGACCGUACCAAUAAUCAUAUUCAAUUUCCAAGUUACAAUUCGAAACCCAACAAACCACAAGUAAUGAAAAUACCAGCUGUUGAAACUCAAAUCGGUAGUUCGAACUCACGUGAAGCAGUAGUGAAAAUAAUGAGUGAUGAAGAAAUCGAAGCAAUGAUCGCACAGGCCUUACAUUCAAAUGAUGAUUUACCUAAUCUUCCUGAAGUGAAGACUUUUGAAGACAUUGAAUCUCCAAGGGAAACAAAAAACCCUGUCGAAAUUCGAAAAGAUGAAAAACUUUCUAAAACAUCGAUUGAAGUUUUUCCCAACUUGCAACCGCAAUGGGUUGAAAUCAAGCCAGUUCAAAAAUCUAUUGCAAAUUUAUUUGAACCUGUGGAACCAUGUGACAAAGAAUAUUCUUCAGAUUCUGAAGAUUCUGAAGAUCUAUGCUUUGGUCUUAAUUUAGGCGAUGAAACACUCAAAAAUGAAAAUGAAGAUUUUAAACUCGAUGAAGUAGUGAAUAAGAAAAACAAAUAUUUUGAUUCACUUUCAAUUGAUAGCAGAAUGACGGCAGAUUUUGUUAUACGAAAUCAAGAAUCAGCUGUUCAAAGCGAGGACAAUGAUCAUGAAGAAGAAUCACCUUUACAGAGCCCUGUUUCAUUGGGUGUAGAAUCCAGACUGAAUGUAUGUGAACAUAUGGAAAUGGAACGUGUUUUCGGAGAAACUUUACCGCAUGUACCAAAAAUGCAAUUUGAAGAUUUAGAAAAUGAAGAUAAGAGUGAUUUAAGUGAAUUCUCAGCUGAUGAAGGUGAAAAAGAAGAAAUUAAAUCUCAAAACGUUGUAACCUGUGAAAGAGAAGAUUUUGAAAGUUUAGAUUUUGAAAGUCAUAAACGAACUAGAUUUUUUUAAGUGCAAACGGUUAGGUUUGUAGGUACCUAUAACUUGAAAAUCGAACGAAUUCUUUCUGUUUUCGCUUCAAAAUUUCUUUCACUUUGGAAAAUUUGAUUUUAAAGUAUGGACGUAAUGUU